AAACUCAAAAUUAGGGUUUAUCAAUCCAGUAAUAAUUUCUUCAACAGCAAUCAACAUCAUGAUUCGAUCUUCUUCACGUUCGUUACACAAAUUAGCUUCGUUGUGUAGAUCCUGGUCGUCCGUUUCAUCAUCCCGAUCACCGAUAUCCUCACAGAUAACUGUCACCGCCAUUCGCCGGUUAACAACCGAUGUGACGUCACUUAAUAGACGAGAAACCGGAAAUUUCAGCUCUUUAGUUAAUCUACGGUCGAGAUUUCAUGUUUCUAGGGUUAAUUCUGAAGCGAGAUCGUUUGCAUCAAAAGCUUCACGAUCAACAAGUGAGAAUGCGUCACAGAGUAGGAAAGAGGUUACUACCGUUGAAGAUCCAUUUGACGCACCCACUUACAAUAUACCGGAAAAGCCAAUGACAUUUACCGAAGGAGCUUCGUAUAGUGUUGUUAUCCUGGCAGGACUUGGAAUUGCUGCUGCAGCGGGAUAUGGUGUCUUUAAAGAACUUAUAUUUGAACCCAAAGAGUACAAGGUUUUUAACAAGGCCCUGAAGAGAAUUCAAGAUGAUAGUCAGGUGAGGGUUAGGAUUGGCUCGCCUAUAACUGGAUACGGUCAAGAAAGCAGAAACCGGGCAGCUCGUCAACGAAUCCCUAAUAGAGUCUGGAAGGAUGAUGAUGGUGUUGAGCAUGUUGAGGUAAAUUUUUAUAUCCGGGGCCCACAUGGAGCUGGCAAGGUUUUCGCCGAGAUGUUUAAAGACAACGAGGACAAGCAAUGGAAGUAUAUGUAUCUUCAAGUCGAGAUACACUCGCCAUCCCCGUCAAGGAUGCUGCUUGAAUCUUAUCUUCCCGCCUGAUUAAAGAAAUGCACUAUGUAAUUCAACGUCAGUAAUACAUAAAGGCAAAUGAUAACAAGCACUCCUCUGUUUUGCCGAUAUAUAAAGCUCAAGACACCGGUCUGAAUGGGUUUGAACCUGUUGUCAGUUUUCGAUAUGACUAUUUUGUACCAUUUUCAUCCCUUCCUUUUUCUGUCUAGUGGUUCGGCAGUAAACGGAAGGAGAAAAACCUUGUUUGGUUACUUUGAAAGGAAGUAAUUUAAAGAAACCAAAACAAAAAGAAAGUUGAUUGUUGGACUACUUGUUAUGUUUUGUUUUCCUGA